AAGAGCCAGACUUUUAGCUCAAGUCGUUCGUACUCACAGCACUUAGACUCUAUAUACCAACCUCGAUCAUCGCCAAUAUCCACCUGCGAGAUCCGAUAACGAUACGCUUCAUUCUAUCACCCAUUGAAGCUUCCAAUCCCAUGUCUCAAUCACCUACAAUGCGAGCAGUCCAAGUCACCCCUGCUCCUCCCAGCGCACCGCCAUACAGCCCUUCUAACCCUGCUCCGUCCUCCGCUCUCACCAUUACCACAAGGACCGUCCCAGCCCCUUCUCCCGGUACUCUCCUCAUCCGUAACCACGCGAGCACAAUCAUUCGCGACACCUUGACUUGGCCCGAGCUCUAUGUCCACCCCUCGCAAAUCCCCGGUAACGACUUCGCUGGCACUGUCGCCGCCCUCCCUCCCAACUCAUCCUCGCCCUUCGCCGUUGGCACCGAAGUCUUCGGCAUGACCCACGCGGACCGCGGCGCCACAUGGGCCGAGUACGUCGUCGUGCGCGAAGACGAGUGUGCACAGAAACCGGCAAGCCUGAGCUGGGCAAAAGCCGCUGCGGCGCCGCUGAGCUCGUUGACGGCGUGGCAGGCGCUGUUCGACAAAGUACGACUGGACACGCCUGUAUUGUCGCCGUAUGAUCCGGGUGCUGCGCGAGAGAAAAACGGAGGGCAGAGGGUGCUGGUGACAGGUGCAGCGGGGGGCGUUGGGGCGAUUGUGGUGCAGCUGGCGGUGCUCGCCGGGUACAGCGUGACAGGGGCGACGAGCUCGAAUGCACGGAACGAGACGUUUGUGCGCUCGCUCGGGGCGGAUGAUGUUGUUGAGUAUGCGGCUUUACGUGCGAGUGGGCGGGUGUUCGAUGCGGUUGUUGAUACGGUUGGAGGGGGCGUGCUGGAGGGGUGCUGGUCUUUGAUAUCUCCCACCGGGAGCGUCAUUACAGUCGAUUCUGCUAGCUAUGCUUUUCCCGCAACACAUCAUGAGGCAGGGCUGAGCAAGGGUAAAGAAGGUGUGCACGCGGAAUUCUUCAUUGUUGAGCCUUCAGUGCGUGAUUUGGAGUGGAUUUCGGAGGCACUUGACAAGGGCUUGCUGAAGGUGUGGGUUGCGGAGACGAUACCGUUGGAAGGCGUAAGGGAGGCAUAUGAGACGGCAAAUGGGAGGUUGAAGGAGAGGGGAAAAGUUGUCUUGACCAUGUAAGAAUGGGCCAAAAUCGGGGCUGGUGCAUCGGUCCAGGUCGCAGUACGGUCGACUGUAAUGGAGGAUUAUAGACCUACGACAUCACGGCUACUACUCGAGACCGCCGAAAUGGACACGGGUGCACUUGUCGGAUAUUGGUUAGGUCUAUCUGGCUUAUGAC